AUGGCCCUGCUGCUCCUGGGGCUCCUGCUGCUCCUGGGUCUCUGGGGGCUAGUGCAUGCCUGCACGCGAGCCCCCUCCCCAGACUCACACUGGCCCCCAGGGCCGCGCCCGCUGCCCCUCAUCGGGAACCUGCACUUGCUGCGAGUGUCUCAGCAGGACCGCUCGCUGAUGGAGCUCUCAGAACGCUAUGGGCCUGUGUUCACUGUUCACUUGGGGCGCCAGAAGAUGGUGGUGCUGGCAGGCUACGAGGCUGUGAAGGAGGCCCUGGUGGGCACUGGGCAGGAGCUGGCUGACCGGCCCCCCAUCGCCAUCUUCCAGCUCAUACAGGGCGGCAGGGGCAUCUUCUUCUCAUCCGGGGCUCACUGGAGGGCCGCCCGCCAGUUCACCGUUCGUACCCUCCACAGCCUGGGUGUGGGGCGGGGGCCUGUGGCCGACAAGGUUCUGCAAGAGCUGAGGUGCCUCAUGGGGCAGCUGGAUGGCUAUGAAGGUCGGCCCUUCCCCCUGACCCUGCUUGGCUGGGCUCCCUCCAACAUCACCUUCACGCUCCUCUUCGGCCAGCGGUUCGACUACAGGGACCCUGUGUUCGUGUCCCUUCUGGGCCUCAUCGAUGAGGUCAUGGUCCUGCUGGGGACCCCUGGCCUACAGCUCUUCAACAUCUACCCCUGGCUUGGGGCCAUGCUCCAGCUGCACCAGCCUGUGCUGCGAAAGAUCGAGGAGGUUCGAGUCAUCUUGAGGACGCUCCUGCAGGCCAGGCGGCCGUCCACAAGCACCGGGGGUCCUGUGCAGAGCUACAUGGACGCCCUGAUGCAGAAGGGCCAGGGGAAAGAUCCAGACGGCCUAUUUGCUGAGACCGAUAUGGUGGCCUGUAUCCUGGACAUGGUCAUGGCUGGUACAGAAACCACCUCUGCCACGCUGCAGUGGGCUGCCCUCCUGAUGGGCAAACACCCAAGUGUGCAGGGUCGGGUGCAGGAGGAGCUGGACCGUGUGUUGGGGCCUGGGCGGCUUCCCCGGCCAGAGGACCAGCGAUCACUGCCUUACACCAACGCUGUGCUGCACGAGGUCCAGCGAUUCAUCACCCUUCUGCCCCACGUGCCCCGAUGCACGGCGGCCGACACCCGGCUGGGCGGCUAUCUGCUUCCCAAGGGUACGACCGUGGUCCCCCUGCUGAGCUCUGUACUUCUGGACAAGACUCAGUGGGACACCCCUGGCCAGUUCAACCCGGGUCACUUCCUGGACGCUGACGGGUGCUUCGUGAAUCGGGCGGCCUUCCUGCCUUUCUCUGCAGGCCGCCGUGUGUGUGUCGGGGAAAGUCUGGCCAGGACGGAACUGUUCCUGCUGUUUGCGGGCCUCUUGCAGCGAUACCGCCUGCUGCCUCCACCCGGCCUCGGCCCCACUAUGCUGAACACCACCCCUGCCCCUGCCUUCACCAUGCGGCCUCCGGCACAAGCCCUGUGUGCUGUUCCCAGGUCCCAGGGGUGCUGA